CUUAUAACAGCCCCUGGGCUAGCAGGAGGGGAGAGAGCAGAGCCUUGGCAGAAGCUGCUGGUGAAGGAAGCUGCCGCUGUUGGUAGUAUCACAGAGGAUCCUGUAGACUCCCAGAACCCGGGGACCGUCGUGGUUUGCAAAAGAGAAGAAGAAAGGAGAGUUGGACGGUCAGGAGUGUCCAAGUAGGAGCACCACCCCCGGGGACACCUGUUCCUCUCCCUCCACCCCACUCUCCACCCCCCUCCGACCCUGCGCCACUCGGCGCGCCCGGGAGCGGAAUGAAUCCCAUGCUGGGCAACCAGACGGAAGCGGCUGGGCUUUUCUUGGCCAACAGCAGUGACUCGAUGGAGCGGGUCCUGCGCUGCUGUACACAGGCAUCCGUGGUGACAGACGAUGGCUUUGGGGAAAGCGGGCAGGACGAACGGAGUCUGUACAUUAUGCGAGUGGUACAGAUAGCCGUUAUGUGCGUCCUGUCGCUCACCGUUGUCUUUGGCAUCUUCUUCCUCGGCUGCAACCUGCUCAUCAAGUCGGAGGGUAUGAUCAACUUCCUGGUGAAGGAUAGGCGACCAUCCAAAGAGGUAGAGGCGGUGGUUGUGGGACCUUACUGACCUUCCCCUCCUUCGCCACAGCUUGCCCCCUCCCCCCUGUCCUACCCAUCUUGCCAAACCCAGCCGCGCCUCUCAACCAUCUGAGAUGUGGCGAAAGAAAGUUAUCGGAGUGAUAGCCUCCUAAUGAUUCUUCGGCUGCUGCUUCGGUCACCAUCUCUUCUACCUAAGGGAUGAAGCGACCUCUUAGUCUCGCUCCGUUCUUUGAAAGCCUCCCACCCUAAGAAGAGACCUCACCAGCCUCUGUGCACUUCUGGGACAGUCCAGCAAAAAGUAAUGAAAGAAAGGGAUGGGGAGGAUGGUGGAGAGCAAUGGGCAAUAACUUUCUAGUUGCUGGGAGAUGUCCCGUCGCCUGAGA